UCAAAAAAAAAAAAAAAAUUUUAUGCCAACUCACGGGUCUGUCAUUAACAUUUUUUAAAUAAGUCAGUUAACUUGAAUUUCAUUUUAGUAAUUGUCGAGAACAAAUUCUAUCGUUCGUACCCUGUCGUCCGAAACACGCGAAUAUUGUUCACGAUAUUUACGAUAUUCUGCUGGGUCAACAACACUCGUCGCCACUGACGUCUGAACCGGUCAAUCAUAUUAUUAUUGUUUUUGCGAUCGGGGGGGCAGUUUAAACAGCAGCCGCAGCAGUAGUAGCAGGAAACACGAGCGGCGAUGUUAGUAGCAGUCCUUCGUAGCCAGCCGUACGCACAGUCAACAGAUCGAGCACUUUCGGGGAACAUCUAGCUCAGGGACAAUUAAUUACAAGCUAUUUGUAGUGAAUUCAAAAGCACGUGUAAACACAAUGAUUGUACCACUCACCGAUGUUCAGCUGAAAGCGAUUCAAAACUUUUUUCCAAGAUCAAAGGCCGAGAUCGAUCAGGAAUUAUCCAUCGUCAGACACUGGUUGGAUAAGCAACCGCAUCUACCCAAAACAAGUGAUGAAUUCAUAAAAAAAGUUUUGUUUAGCUUAAAAUACCGCACGGAAAAAGUCAAACUCGUGAUCGAUAACUACUACACCGUUAAAGAAUUAUUUCCUCAAAUUUAUGGAGACCUAGACCCAACGACAGAAACAUUUCGAAAACAUGUAGAAGCAGUUCACAUGUUUCCAUUACCCAAACUCACGCCGGAAUUUCAUAGAGUGCUUUGUUACCGGAUGGCGACAACAGAUGCAAAAGCGUUUUGUCCUGAUAGUCAAUUGAAACGCAACGAAUUGAUGUGGAAUUGGUUGUUUGAUGAAGACGCAUUGACCUUAGGAGAUAUAUGGAUAUUUGAUUUGACAAAUAUGGAUUCGAUGGCUCAAUGGGCUCAUUUCAAUCUCAGUUUUAUGAAAAAAAUUCUCAAAAUAAAUAUGGAAGCGAAACCAGUGAGGAUCAAGCGAGUUCAUUUUGUUAACAUAGCACCAAUAGCCGAAACUUCACUUAAUUUUAUCAAACACUUUUUCCCCCAAAAAUAUAAGAACAGAAUCUUAUUUAACUCGAAUUUCGAAUGUUUGCGAGAACUUUACCCAAUUGAUAUGUUUCCAAAUGAAUGGGGUGGCAAAGCUGGAAAUUUGGCUGUACUGAGUCAAAGAAUGCACGAAGAACUCAUAAAACGCAGAAGUUGGUGUUUGGCAAUGGAAGGAUUGAAAACCGAUUCUAGUAAACGGAUCGGUCAAUCGAAGACAGCCGAUCAGUCGAUAUUGGGCAUCGAAGGAAACUUCAAGAAACUUUGUUUCGAUUAAACGUAUCGAGACGAAAACAAACAAAUUAUUUUACCUCUUUAUUAUACAAUGUACAUUAUAAAUAUUGUUAAAAAAAUAAAUUUUAGUACCUAGUGUAAUUAUUUUUUGUACAAUGACGCAAUUAUAUUAGACAAUAUGGCUUAGAGAAUCAGUGAUCUGUAAUUCGAAGAAACACUAUGUACUUACUACAUACGAUAAGGUAUACUAUUUUAUAAUGUGGUUAAUCUAUUUUUUGCUUCCUUGUAUCAUAGAUUGAAAGAGAUACUAAUAUAUCUAUGUAUAAUAUUUUAGUUGAUAUAUUCUGAUUUUAUUCUAUACAUAUUUUGUAAUUUAAAAUACCUAUUAAUAAAAUAAUGUUCGUGAAAAAAUAUAACGCCUGUUUUAACCCACAACA